AUGAGCGAAUCAAGGCAAGAAUUGCUCGCAUGGCUGAACGGCCUCCUUCAACUCAACAUCACAAAGGUCGAACAAUGCGGGACAGGUGCCGCACUCUGCCAGCUAUUCGACUCCAUCUUCCUUGAUAUUCCCAUGAACCGGGUAAAAUUCAAUGUCAAUACCGAAUAUGCCUACAUACAAAACUUCAAGAUUCUGCAAAACUGCUUUACAAAGCACGGCAUCGACCGAACCGUACCUGUCGAGCAGCUCGUCAAGUGUAAAAUGCAAGAUAACCUUGAGUUCCUACAGUGGUCGAAGCGAUUCUGGGAUCAAUAUUUUCCGGGUCAUGAUUAUGACGCUGUUGCACGAAGAAAGAGUGCAGGUGCCGCCGCACCAGCUUCAACCGCUCCAAGAACAAGUACCGGCGCCAGCACCACUCGAAAAACUGGGACAACGCCUGUCAAUCGGCCUGCGCCAAGGGCCGUGGGUGCCGGGGGGGGGAGUUCAUCUGCAUUGAAGGCCGAAAACGAAUCGCUGAAGGAAGCAAUCGCGGGUCUGGAGAAAGAGCGAGACUUCUAUUUCAGCAAACUCCGCGAUAUCGAACUGCUCUUGCAGAAUGCAGUCGAACAGGAUCCCUCCCUUGAAACAGAUGAAAACGGACUCGUGAAAAACAUCCAGACCAUACUCUAUAGCACAGAGGAAGGGUUCGAGAUCCCGGACUUGGAAGCGAAUGGAGCAGAAGAACCAGAAACAUUCUAG